UCUGCCGUUAUUGAAGACAGAGAAGAAGAAGAAGAGCGAGCGGAGCCGGAAGGACAGAGCCUAGCAGAAGGACGGAACUGUGAGCUAGCUAAGGAUGCUGACCAAUAUCUCUAAUGUGCUGCGGGCUUGUGCUCAGAGAAAUGGAGCUGCAGCAGUCGUGUCAGCACGCACAUAUGCUGACUUCACAACCGAGGCUACCUUUGAAAUAAAGAAAUGUGACAUCCACAAGCUGGACGAGGCCCCGGCUACUCAGGUGGUUAUGACUCGUGAGGAGGGCCUGCAGUACUACCGCACCAUGCAGACCAUAAGGCGUAUGGAGCUGAAAGCAGAUCAGCUGUAUAAGCAGAAGAUCAUCAGAGGAUUCUGCCACUUGUAUGACGGCCAGGAGGCCUGUGCAGUUGGAAUCGAAGCGGGAAUUAAUUUGACAGACCACCUGAUCACUGCGUACCGUGCCCACGGCUACACUUACACCAGAGGAGGGACUGUGAAGGAGAUCAUGGCUGAGCUCACCGGCAGAAGAGGAGGUAUUGCAAAGGGCAAAGGAGGCUCUAUGCACAUGUACACUAAACACUUCUAUGGAGGAAAUGGAAUUGUCGGAGCUCAGGUUCCCCUGGGUGCUGGUAUUGCUCUGGCCUGCAAGUAUCUUGGCAACAACGAGCUGUGUGUCAGUCUCUAUGGUGAUGGUGCUGCCAAUCAGGGUCAGAUUUUUGAAUCCUACAAUAUGGCAGCGCUUUGGAAGCUGCCCGCCAUCUUCAUCUGUGAGAACAACAGGUAUGGCAUGGGCACGUCAGUGGAGCGAGCUGCAGCCAGCACAGACUACUACAAGAGAGGAGACUUCAUUCCUGGUCUCAGGGUGGAUGGAAUGGAUGUUCUGUGUGUUCGGGAAGCAACCAAGUUUGCAGCUGAUCACUGCCGAUCUGGGAAGGGUCCCAUGCUCAUGGAGCUUCAAACCUACCGCUAUCACGGACACAGUAUGAGCGAUCCUGGUGUCAGCUACCGCACACGUGAGGAGAUCCAGGAGGUCCGCGGUAAGAGUGACCCUAUCUCCAUGCUGAAGGACCGCAUGCUCAGCAACAACAUGGCCAGCAUAGAGGAGCUCAAGGAGAUUGAUGUGGCGGUGAGGAAGGAAAUUGAAGACGCUGCUCAGUUUGCCACCACAGAUCCUGAACCCCCACUGGAAGAAUUGUGCAAUCACAUCUUUUACAACAAUCCAGCCCUGGAGGUGCGCGGUACGAACCCGUGGACCAAGCUGAAGUCUGUUAGCUAAAGUAUUUUCAUCCCCUCUUUUCAUCACGUCAUCCACCCAAUAAUAUAAUACCCGCCCCCCGCCACUCACAUAUGCGCACACAUCAUACAAUGUACCAUAAACUGGUGCCUCGGACCCAGAGCUUGAACCAUCAGCAAGUAAAUUAAUUUCCAUGUUGUACAGUUGAACAGCAGGGACAAUAUUCCCAAAGAUGUUCUGAAUAUAAAACUAACAAAGAUUGACAAGAUAAUACCUUAAUUGUUUUUAUUUUACAGCGAACCUCAAGAAAUUACUUAAGCUACUUUAAGGAAUAUAGGGUUCCCUUAACAUUAGGCACUUAGAAGGUUUUGUAAAUCUGGCCCCAUGUGAAUAAAAUAUUUACUAGAUUCUAAAUUUGCUUGAUUGAUGAUGUUCUCGGGUUACUUUUGAGGUGUAAGAAAGCAGAUGUCCAUCCAUCGCUGUUCAUCUCAUGAAGAGAAUGAUAUAUCAUUCAGUUUUCAGUUUUAGUCUUUUUAUUUUUUUAUUUAACCUGUUACAAAGAACCAUAAGAGGCAGCAGGGUAAAGUCUGUUGUUACUAUCAACCUCAAUAUAUAGACAAUGUUUUUCUUUUAAUAUACUGUAAGAGAGGGUGAAGAAUACCAAUGGAAAGGUUUGAAAUAUUUUAAUUUAUCUUGCCAAACCAAAUGUGCCUGGCAGGUCUCAUGUUGUUUAGAGGAUGGAUGUGUCGUCUCAUGUUUGUGUCACUCCGAGCUGAGCAGCUGAUGCUGACGCUUCUAAAAGUCAGAUGGUUGAAGACGGGUUCACAGUGGGUUAACUUUCAUGUGUUUAUUUUGCCGAUACUCUGGUGCUCAGGUGCCUUCUUCGAGUUUCAUGACAAAAACAUAAGCCGCUCAUUUUCAUGUAUUUUGGAAAGGUUUUAUUCAAUUUUUGAUGUACAUGUGUGUAAAUAUUUACACUCAAAAAUGACCACAAACUGAAACCUCUAUUGCGGAAACAACAGUGAAUGUAAACAUGAUGACUUAUAGUCAGAGUGCAUUCAUCAGCUAAACUUCAUAUUCCCAUAAGAGUAAAGUAUUGUUGAUUCAGUAGCUUUGUGUGCUACUUGUAUGUUUUGCUCAGAAGGUGUUUAGUGCUAUUUAAACACUUCAGCAGUGGUACAUUAUUGGCUCAGAUGUACAGGGAUAAAUGGCUUUUUUAAAUUUCAGUCUGUUUUUUUUCUUGUCAAGUACAUGAACACAUUAUUGUUAAAAAGGAAAAUGACUAAACUAGGUAGCAAAAAAAAAACUUUCAUAUCAAGACUGCUAGCAGCGAGCUACCAUGUUAGUUUUCAGUCAUUGGUAUUUCUAACCAUUGUAACAAGUGCUUGUAACCCUUAAAUGGGUACCAGAAGGGAAGGGCCUUUUCUCUGUAACGUGAAAAGUAUUUAGUCAAAUAAGAAGACAGACUACAAUUUUAAUUGUCAAUACCUGUCUUAAAACAACCCACACAGUGUGAGUAUUUGUUGUAAUAAACUGUUACAUUGAGGGUGACAGAUGAUGCAGGGAAGCGCUCCAUGGAAACAUUGUUUUUAUGUGUGUGCCACUGUAAUAAAAAGACUAAGAUACUGUA